CGGCACUGCUGGCUGGGCUGGUCGCUGCCCUUGGUCCAGGUUGGGGUCGUGGUUGGCGCCUUGGCUGCAGCUUUCACGAUGAACAUACUCCAGCUUGUACGGGAACACUGGGUGCACAUACUUGUCCCUGCGGGAUUUGUCUUUGGUUGCUAUCUGGACAGAAAGAAUGACGAGAAGUACACCGCCUUCCGGAACAAGAGUAUGUUGUAUAGAAGGGAAUUGAGGCCCAAUGAAGAAUAUACCUGGAAGUAAAGGCUGUAGCUGAACUACAGUAUGUGCACAAUGAGAACACCGAGAUAAAUUAAAACACAUUCACUAUAAAAAAAAAAAGAAUAA